AUGCUCCUCGUUCUUCUGCUUUCGUAUCUUCUACCACGUGUUCACGGUAUACCGGUAGAUCAAUGGGUGGCGCCAUUCGAUGCCCACAAUCAGGACAAGCUUCGUAUGUUGUGCACGGACAACAAUCACUUCGAUGUGAUGCGGGGGAGGGAGUCGCCUUUGGUAGGUGGGGACGUGUGGGUAUUUUUUUAAUAUUGUUUUAGGUGAUAUUAGGUGUAGAUACGGCCUGAAAAUAAAAAUUAAUUUACCGUUUAAUCGUAACUUGAUGUUAAUGUGAAUAUUCAUAAAGACUAUAAUAGAGAAGUGAUGUCAUGAAUAUAUUACUAUCAAAACCCAUUUGCCCCAUUUCCAGUUAAACAACCUAGUCCGGCACCCUAUUCUCUGUCGUCGCAAUGUAAGCACAACCAUACAGAGUAAGAGGUACGAAGGUCUGAUAUGGUUUAUGCAAGCUCUCGGCUUCUGUGAUGUCAACAGGUACAUCUUGAACAAUCAGAACAUUGAGUUCAAACGUGACUUCCAGUUGGAUCUGCUACGAGCAGCCUUCGCUUUGGUAUGUCAUCGUACUGAUGACAUUGGGCGGUUCCACCUCUCAGGUCAUGCCGAGAUGUUCAAGAUAAUAUACGAAAAGGAAAACGAACAUCGAUCGUAAGUGAACCUAGUUAAUAUAAUGACACAAGUGAGGUGAAAUGUGACCUUAUAUUAAGGUUUUGGCCGUAUCUUCAUCGUUUUUAUAUCUAAUUUAGUAAUAACAAUAUAUGAAAUAUUAUGAUAUUUUUAGUGUAAUAUGCAACAAACUGAUCAUGGACUACACAGACCUGUACAAGAGAUGUCAUGUUGAAUAUUCUGUCGAGAGCACAUCUUACAGUCUCGACUUUAUACGAAAUGUAAGAGCAGUAAUACGUUAGUUGAUAUAAGGCUAAAAUUAUGUGAAUAUAAAGCUUAUAUUCAUACCCAUAUUCACAUACCAAAGUUAAAUCAAUGCCAUUUUAGAAAUGCACUCUACAACAACGGUUGACUUUGAUCAGCCCUCGAACCUUCUUCACCCGCUUCUCCAGAAUGUGCCAUUCUUAUUCAGAGUUCGUGGACAACUACUCCAAGCAGUCUCUGAGUGUGGGCCAAGCCUUGGCCAACGAUACUGUAUUUAUGAAUAUUCUCAGGUAAUCGACCUUUUAAAGUUUUGUUGUUAUAUUACAGUAGACCAUUCCUACUAGCUAUCUCUUAGGUUGUUCAAAUAAUUCUGUGCCCAUCCCAAAGCAAACUUCCAUUGGGCACAGAAUUAUUUGAACAACCUUAUAUCAGCCUGACCAUUUGUUUACAACAUAAUUAUCAAUACAUAUAUCACGUAUUACAUGGUAAUCGUUUCAGUAACUACGUAAAGUACGCAGUAAAGAGUUACAGUCAGUUACCGUACCUUGUCCUGAAGACUCGCCUUCUACUUCAACACUUUGCUGUAGCUGCAGUCAAGAUGUCACAAAAGUUGGAAAUGGCAGCACGGUGUAAGAUGGCGGAGAACGGUAACUUCACGUUCGACGAGACGUCCUCUAAUGCUACACACUCUACACACAUUCACCAUAUGCCAAUGGAAGUGCCCGUACUCGACCUGGAGCAGUGCAAUGUGGGUGAUGCUGGAGUGUACGAUAGUUUGGAGCCCGAGACCCAGAAGUAAGUGUAUGUUAACGUAGAUAGCAACCAUAGUAACAUAUUGUAAUCGUGGAUCUUCAGUGACUUCCAAGACCUUGGAAACUCGGCUUGGUUCGGCCUUAAAUUAGAGUUGGGCCUAUUGUCAGGAGUGGCCAUCAACACCUUCGUACUGUCGAUUCUGCUAGUGCAGACUCGGAAGCAUCUGUCCACUGCCACCAUCCUCUUCAUCUUCAACAUCCUCUUCUCCAAUCUCUUGUUCAUCGCUUCGUUCGUCUGUUUGUUCGCCGACUUCUUCACUGAUCUCCGUUUCAUCACUACAGAAGAGGUAAGGGUACUGUAACUACGGAGGGGUAGGAACACUAUAACUACGGAAGAGGUAGGGAUACUGUAACUACUGAAGAGGUAGGGUUACUGUAACAACGGAGGAGUACGAAUACUAUAACUAAAGAGGGGAUAGGGUUACUGUAACUACGGAUGAAGUAGGAUACUGUAACUACGGACGACGUAGGGUCACUAUGUAAAAUAACGGAUUUAAGUUAAGAACGGAUGUUGUUGUAGAUCCAAUAUUCGACCGACGUUCCUCUAGACGUCGCCGAGACACUACAAACCCAACUGUUUGCUCCACGCGAGUUCCUGAAGCAUCUGGUACAAGAAACCCUCUUCUCUUUGGCUCAAAAUGGUUCACUCUUGGGACUAACCCAUCUAUUGGUAUUGGUGCUGGUGGUCAUCAACCGGUCGAUGUCUGGCAAAGCCAUAAAACUGUCCAAGAAAUGCGUCAUCUCGGUGUUUUCGUGUGUCUGGAUCUUCCUAAUCGUAACACACGUCAUCUUCUCGGCGCUACAAUUCUCUGCCAUUACCAACCUCGACCACCUCUUCUCGCAGCUCCAGAAGCAACCUGGGUCUCUCAAGUGUAGCGAUUCGUAAGUUAUUCCAAAGGAAACACUUAUAAUGACAAGAGUGGUCAAAGCAGGCUUGGACGUAGGGCGUUGCCCCCUGUGCCCGACCCGGCCCGGCCCCAGGGCCGGGCCAGGGUCCAUUUUUACGAUCAAUUACAGGGCCGGGCCCAUGAUUCUAACCGGGCAGGGCUUGCUUCGUGCCCGGUAAUGCCCUGUAAACGCCCGGUAAUAAUUUUUUCACAUAUAAAAAAAAAUUAAUUUAAAAUUGUUGAGUGUCUAACAAGUAAUGUUACUUACCCCACUUCACUCCUGAACAUUUUAGCUCUUUCCGGCCUCAUCCCUGAUCCUUUUAUCCCUACCCGACUUCAGCCCCCCUAUUUUAACCCUACCCAACCUCACCCCUGACCCUUUUAACCCUACCCGACCCUACCUUUGACCUUUGUAGCCCUGCCCGUUUCUACGCUACCAUAUUGUACUUAAUAUGCCACACCCCGCCAUACCCUAUCCUAUCUACCAUACCAAACCCCACAAUGCCCUAACAUAUUAUAACAUGCCAUACCCUACCAUACAAUAUCAUAUCCUACCAUACCAUAACAUACUACAUAUACUAUACUGUAUCAUAUCUUACCUUAUCCAAUCUUAUACAACACUACUGUGUACUACCUAUAGGUAGGGUAGAAUAGGUAAAUAAAGCAAGAUAAAUGGUAUAAUAUAGUCAGGUAGAGUAUGGCAUGUUAUAUAUGUUAGGGCAUUGUAGGAUUUGGUAUGGUAGAUAGGAUAGCAUAUAGUAUGGUAGGGUAUUGCAGGGUCUGGUAUGAUAGAUAGGAUAAGUUAUGAUAUGGUAAUGUAAAGUAUUGUAAGGUUUGGUAUGUUUUGUUUGGUAAGAUGAGUAUGAUAUAGUAAGUAGCAUAGGGCAUGGUACCGUACAGUAUGGAAUUUUAUGUAGGGUGGGUAUGGUAUAGUAGGGUAGGGUAAUAAAGUCAAGGGUAGGGUUUAGUAAAGCUAAACAGGUCAAAGGUAGACUUGGAUAAAGCUAAAGAGGUCAGAAGUAAGGUUGGGUAGGCCUAAAAAGGUCAGGGGUAAGGUCGGGAAGAGCUAAAAGGAUCACGGGUGAUGUCGGGUAGGGCUAAAAGGGUCAAGGGUGAGGUAGGGUAGCGCGAAAAGGGUCAUGGGUGAAGCCGGAUAGAUAUAAAGCAGUUUAUUUCACUUGUUAUUAGCUUUAUAAACUUAAUUUACAAAUGCCCUGUAAAACCCUGUAAAGCCCUGUAAAUGCCCUGCCCGACCCCGCCCCAGGGCCGGGCCGGGCCUGAAAACUAAAACCCUGUACCGGGCAGGGCCCAAGCGGACCCGGCCCCAGGGCCGCAAAUUGGGCCCUGCCCUGCCCUACGUCCAAGCCUGGGUCAAAGUCAUCUAUAUUUAGAGACUACUAUACUAUGAUGCUGUUAGGUUAACCACUUUAUAUUAUUUUACAUUAAAAUACAGUAGCUUACCAUCACUUUCAGAGCUCCAAAGUCCGACUACAUAGAAGUAGGAGGCCGAUGUGACGGUGUAGCCAUCUUCCACACCUUUGGAGUGUACCUCCUGCGAGGUCACACCUUGUUCACAUUAACCUUCCUCCUCGCCUCAAUCAUCGUAUUCACGUUGACCGUAGUGUACCAUUGGAGAGUACGAUCUCAGCACAUGUUCCUGAGCACGAGCUUCAGAGAGCACAGUCCCUACAAGAGGCGGGAGACCCUCUUCAACACGCUGCUCCUGUCCAUCGGAGCCUUCUUCAUCUCGGUGUCAGGUCAGAGCUUCAUCGAGAUCGCCGUCUUCUGGGUGGACGAUCGUGCUGGAAUCGCGAAUCUGGCUACGUAUUAUCAGUGGGCGAGGAUGGCGUCCUUCGUGGAUCCGUUGUUUAAUCCGCUUCUGGUUUCUGUACGAACUCCGACGAUCAGAAGACGAGUAAGUACGAGACCAGUGAUUGACCACGUUCUUGAAUAAAGUAUCGUGUCGGUACAAUUUAGAAUCUGAAACAUCAAACAACGUACCCAAAGUUAUAAAAUUAAUUUGAAUUUCAGCUGCGACUGUACAUCUUCAUCUUCUUCCAAACCCUCCUCACGCUUCUGUGUCCCUGCAGAUCGUUGUUCGGCUUCGGAAUGCCAUCGCUCAGAAGGAAACGAUCCACAUUGACUACAGAUUCUCGAGGCAAAGACAACUACGACACAGAAGUCACGUUCAAGGUACUGUGCUCCAAACAGUUCGUCCGAGCAUCGUUGCUGAAACGGAGUCGAAGCCGGAACUCCUCCCGAAACCAUUCCGUCGUGUGA